AUGUCCCACGAAGAUAUACGCAAGGACACGGGUCUCAGACAGGCCGGACUGCUCAACAAGGGCUUCGAGGUGCAGAUGUUCGAGCGCGAUCUGACAGCUAUCAGGGGCGAAGGCAAGUAUCGUGGCCCGAUCCAGAUCCAAAGCAACGCUCUGGCAGCGCUGGAAGCCUUGGACCCUCAGGUAGCAGAGGAAGUCCUGGCAGCAGGCUGCAUCACUGGCGACCGCAUCAAUGGUCUCUGUGAUGGUGAGACUGGGAAAUGGUAUGUCAAGUUUGACACCUUCCAUCCUGCGGUGAACAAGGGCCUGCCGGUGACGCGCGUGGUCAGCCGAGUGGAGCUGCAGCAGAUUCUGGCGCGCGCGACUGAACGCAUUGCUGGCGCUGACAUCAUCCAGAACGACUGCCACGUCGUGGACUACGAGGAGCAUGUGAACUCAUCCGGUCAGAAGAAGGUGACGGCGAUACUGGAGGAUGGGCGCAGGUUUGAGGGGGACAUUCUCAUAGGAGCAGACGGCAUCUGGUCCAAGGUUCGCCGCAAGCUGGUGGGCAAGACGGAGCCAAGCUACAGCAAGUACACGUGCUACACGGGCAUCGCAGACUUCACUCCGCCGGACAUCGACACCGUGGGAUACCGCGUGUUCCUGGGCAAUGGGAAAUACUUCGUGUCCUCCGACGUCGGCGGCGGCAAGAUGCAGUGGUAUGGAUUCCACAAGGAGAAGGCGGGCGGCUGCGACCCGGAGAGCGGCAAGAAAGCGCGCCUGCUAGAUAUCUUCGGCCACUGGACUGACAUGGUCACAGACCUCAUCCGCGCGACGCCCGAGGAUGACGUCAUUCGGCGAGACAUCUACGACCGGCCGCCCAUCUUCAAGUGGACCGAGGGCCGCGUGGCGUUGCUGGGGGACAGCGCGCAUGCGAUGCAGCCCAAUCUGGGCCAGGGCGGCUGCAUGGCAAUUGAGGACGGAUACCAACUUGCAGUGGAUCUGUCCGAGGCCUGCGAGAAGGCUGAGAACUCCGGCCGUCCCCUUGAUGUGGAGGGCGUUCUGAAGGGCUAUUUCAACAAGCGGCUGGGCCGCGCAAGCACAAUCCACGGCCUGGCAGGCAUGGCGGCCAUCAUGGCGUCCACCUACAAGGCGUACCUGGGAGAGGGCCUCGGGCCUCUGGAAUUUAUCAAGCAGCUCAAAAUCCCCCACCCCGGCCGGGUGGGUGGCUACUUUGCGAUGAACAUGAUGAUGCCGUCGAUGCUGGGGUGGGUGCUGGGAGGGAACACCUCCGCGCUGCGCGGUGCCGACCGAGCCCCCCACUGCCGCGUUAAUGACAAGCCCAAGGCUUUCCACGAGCAGGACUUCUGGAAGUUCCUGUCGGACGACAUGGCGCUGCUGCGAGCCGCGCGCGCGAAAUGGACGCUCGUGCCGGCCGCCUCCGUUGCCACCGCCGCCCAGGCGCACUCGGACUCGAUUGAUGCGGCUGAGAACGGCGAGCGGCAUCAGUUCGGCCUUCGCAUCGCGUACCCCGAGGCCGCCCUGGAGAUCUGCACUGCUGGCGUGCUGAUUGGCAGCGGCGCCGAUGCCGAUGUGAAGCUGGACUCGCCUGUGGUGGCGGAGGCGCACGCGCGGCUGCGCAACAGCGAGGCCGGGGGGUACACGGUGGAGGAUCUGGCCUCCCCCUCCGGCACUUGGCUCAACGGCCGGCGGCUGCAGCCGCGGCAGCCGGCGCAGCUCUGCCCCGGUGACGAGCUCUGCUUCGGCUGCCGCGAAACCGAGGCAGUGCGCUACCGCAUCAAGAUGGUGCACGCCAGCGUCUGCGAGCAGCUGAGCACCGAGAAUGGAAAUGGGCUGACGAAUGGCAAGAAGACAGACCCCGAGCCAGAGCUUGUGGCGGCUUGA